GGGGCGUGGCCGCCGGGCGGUAACAUCUGUGUACCUCUCCUCUCUAGCCCCACAGAGAGAGAGAGAGAGAGAGAGAGAGAGAGAAAAAGAGAGCGGGUGAGUGAGAGAGAGAGAAGCAGAGAGAGAGAGAGAGGUGAGGUUGAGAGUGAACACCAGAGAUCCGUUUGUGCUUCGCUCGUGACAGACAAAUGUUGAAUUUGGUGGAGCUGUUACCACCCGCGAGACAUCACAGGAAGUACUCUCCCGUCAGCCGCGGCGCCACGGCCCCUCAGAGGUCUCGAGGGACAGGACUGACUCUGGCUGCGUCCGGGACUGUCGUUUAUCCCGUUUUUUUCCGUUUGACGUUCUGCCGACGAGGAGGUGUGCUUUACCGGUUCCAUCCCCCGGGGGGGAUUGAGAGGAACGGGGAGAUAGCUGUGGGUGUGAGCGGAGCUUGUUGCGUUAUUCAUGAUUUUGCGUUGCUGCAAAAGAAAAAGACCCAUGCAUGUGGAUACUGCGAUGAGCGGCGGGCGUCCGAGCAGCGCUUACAGCAAAUGAGGACCAGGACGCUGUCCGUAGCCGGGUUCACUCUGACGGAGGACCGAUUGUGAGGCGGAGGCGGCCUUGAAGAGGCCAUCCCCUCCCCCCCCCCCUCCCUCCCUCCCUCCCUCCCGCCCUCCCCCCCUGGGAUAAGCUCCUCCUCCCGCCCCCUCCCCCUCCCCCCCCCUCCCCUGACCCACCGGCAGCAGCCAGAGGGACCAUGGCCCCGCGGAAGCGUGCGGGGGGCCGCGGCGGCCUGUCCUUCAUCUUCUGCUGCUUCAACGGCAACGACCCUCCGGAGAUCACGUACCGGCUGCGGGACGACUUCGCCCUGCCCGUCAUGGAGCCCUCGCUGCCCAUGCCCGGCCUGGACGAGCUGGACAACAUGUUCGCCGAGCUGGUGGAUGAACUCGACCUCAGUGAGAAACACAGGGAGGCCAUGUUUGCCCUCCCAGCCGAGAAGAAAUGGCAGAUCUACUGCAGUAAGAAAAAGGAACAAGAGGAGAAUAACAGCGCGACCAGUUGGCCAGAGUACUACAUCGAUCAGCUCAAUUCCAUGGCAGCCAGGAAGACUCUCCUGGCGCUGGAGAAGGAGGAUGAGGAGGAGAGGAACAAGACCAUCGAGAGCCUGAAGACAGCGCUGCGGACGCAACCCAUGAGGUUCGUGACGCGCUUCAUCGACGUGGACGGCCUCACCUGCAUCCUCAACUUCCUGAAGAGCAUGGACCACGAGACCACCGAGUCGCAGAUCCACACCUCGCUCAUCGGCUGCGUCAAGGCUCUGAUGAACAACUCUCAGGGCCGCGCGCACGUGCUCUCGCACUCGGAGAGCAUCAACAUCAUCGCCCAGAGCCUGGCCACGGAGAACGUCAAGACCAAGGUGGCGGUGCUGGAGAUCAUGGGCGCUGUGUGUCUGGUGCCCGGGGGGCACAAGAAGAUCCUGGAGGCCAUGCAGCACUACCAACGCUUCGCCUGCGAGCGGACGCGCUUCCAGACAUUACUGAACGACCUGGACCGGAGUACGGGCCGCUACCGGGAGGAGGUGAACAUGAAGACGGCGGUCAUGUCCUUCAUCAACGCCGUGCUGAGUCAGGGUGCUGGAGAGACGAGCUUGGAGUUCCGCAUCCACCUGCGCUACGAGUUCCUGAUGCUAGGCAUCCAGCCUAUCAUCGAUAAGCUACGCCUGCACGAGAACGCGACGCUAGACCGGCAUUUGGACUACUUCGAGAUGCUGCGGAACGACGAUGAGCUAGCCCUCGCGAAGCGGUUUGAAUCGGUUCACAUCGACACCAAGAGUGCCACCCAGGUGUUCGACCUGAUCCGCAAGAGGAUGAACCACACGGAGGCACACCCGCACUUCAUGUCGGUGCUGCACCACUGCCUCCUGAUGCCCCAUAAGAGGAGUGGGAACACGGUGCAGUACUGGCUGCUGCUCGACCGGAUCGUCCAGCAGAUGGUGUUGCAGAACGACAAAGGUCACGACCCCGACAGCACGCCCCUGGAGAACUUUAACGUGAAGAACGUGGUCCGGAUGCUGGUGAACGAGAACGAGGUGAAACAGUGGAAGGAGCAGGCGGAGACCAUGAGGAAAGAGCACCACGAGCUGCAGCAGAAGUUCGACAAGAAGGAGCGCGAGUGCGACGCCAAGACGCAGGAGAAGGAGGACAUGAUGCAGACGCUGAACAAGAUGAAGGAGAAGCUGGAGAAGGAGAGCAGCGAGCACAAGAACGUCAAGCAGCAGGUGGCCGAGCUGACCAAUCGGCUGCACCAGCUCAGCACCAGGCAGGCCACCAUGGUCCCGGGCGGGCCCCCGCUCCCCCCGGGGCCCCCAGGGGGCCCCCUGUCUCCGCUCCCUGUGACCGGCUUCGGGAUGCCCCCUCCUCCCCCGCCGCCCCCGGGGGGAAUGAUGCCCCCGCCCCCUCCCCCACCUCCCCCGCCCGGCGGACCCCCCCCUCCCCCGGGCCUGCCUGGGUUCGGGAUCCCCCCUCCCCCCGGCGCCCCCGUCGGACCCUCCAUGAAGAAGAAGAACGUCCCCCAGCCCUCCAACGCCCUCAAGUCGUUCAACUGGAACAAGCUGGCCGAGAAUAAGCUGGAGGGCACGGUUUGGAUGGACGUGGACGACGCCAAGGUCUUCAAGGUGCUGGACCUGAUGGACAUCGAGAAGACCUUCUCCGCCUACCAGAGACAGCAGGACUUCUUUAUGGUCAAUAACAACAAGCAGAAAGACGUGGAGGAUGACAUCGGGACCGCCAAGAAGGUCAAGGAGCUGUCGAUUAUCGAUGGCCGCCGGGCGCAGAACUGCAACAUCCUGCUCUCGAGGCUGAAGCUGUCCAACGAGGAGAUGAAGCGAGCCAUCCUCACCAUGGACGAGCAGGAGGACCUCCCUAAAGACAUGCUGGAGCAGAUGCUGAAGUUCGUCCCAGAGAAGAGCGACGUGGACCUGCUGGAGGAGCACAAGCACGAGCUGGACCGCAUGGCCAAGCCGGACCGCUUCUUCUACGAGAUGAGCCGGAUAAACCACUACCAGCAGAGGCUCCAGUCUCUGUACUUCAAGAAGAAGUUUGCAGAGCGAGUGGCUGAAAUGAAGCCCAAAGUUGAAGCCCUGACCAAGGCCUCCAAGGAGGUGCUGCACAGCCGCAACCUGAAGCAGCUGCUGGAGGUGGUGCUGGCCUUCGGGAACUACAUGAACAAGGGCCAGCGGGGCAACGCCUACGGCUUCAAGGUGUCCUCGCUCAACAAGAUCGGCGACACCAAGUCCAGCAUCGACAAGAACAUCACGCUGCUCCAUUACCUGAUCACCAUCCUGGAGACUAAGUACCCCAAGGUGUUGCUCUUCCAGGAGGAGCUGCAGUGUGUCCCCAAUGCAGCCAAAGUCAACAUGAGCGAGCUGGAGAAGGACAUCAGCAACCUGCGCAGCGGGCUGAAGAGCGUGGAGAGUGAGCUGGAGUUCCAGAAGAAGCGACCGCAGGAGGCCGGCGACAAGUUUGUGUCUGUGGUGAGCCAGUUCAUCGCCGUGGCCAGCUUCAGCUUCUCCGACGUGGAGGACUCCCUGGCAGAGGCCAAGGAGCUGUUCGUGCGGGCGGUGAAGCACUUCGGGGAGGACCCGGCCAAGAUGCAGCCCGACGAGUUCUUCGGUAUUUUCGACCAGUUCCUGCAGUCGUUCUCCGAGGCGCAGCAGGAGAACGAGAACAUCCGCAAGCGCAAGGAGGAGGAGGAGCGGCGGGCCAAGAUGGAGGCGCAGCUGAAGGAGCAGCGGGAGAAGGAGCGCAAGGCGCGUAAGGCCAAGGCCAACGGCGAGGACGACGGCGGCGAGUUCGACGACCUCGUGUCGGCGCUCCGCUCCGGCGAGGUGUUCGACAAGGACCUGUCCAAGAUGAAGCGCAACCGCAAGCGCAUCAACAACACCACCACCGACGGCGGCCGCGAGCGACCCGUCACCAAGCUCAACUUCUGAGCGGACGGAGGCCUGUCUCCACCCCCCCCCCCCCCCCCACACACACACACCACGUGUCCCCCCCACGUCCCCCCUCCCCUGGAGGAGGCUAGGCGGACCUCCGAACACAUAGGAGGAGGAGGAGGAGGGGGGGCGCAUUCCACCGAAGCCUUCGUGGCCGCCUUGUCUUUAUCAUCGUCAUGACAACCAUGAAACAUGUCCUUGACCCCGCCCUCCCCCCACCACCCUUUUCCACGUGCUCACUUUUCAGUUGAUUUUGUGUGUAGUACGAUUUGAACGGAGCUCAAGCCAAAUGAUGUCAUGACCAAACUGGACCAGGGGGGGACGGUGGUGAGACACUCUGAACAUUCCCUCGAUGCAGCGUUCCUGUGCGGAAUACUGCGAGGAAUACUAGCAGUGCUGAACAGAGGAGUGAUGGAAGAGGAGGAGAAUGUGGUCCCUGAUUAGGGGGCGAGCCCUGGUUGUGUACCCCCUACACGGAGAGGAUGCUGGGGAAAAAAACCUUCCAGAUAUUGUACAUCCUCCGAUAAUGGAAUUCUUAACGUGUGUGUGGUUUUAUAUCUAUGGUGGAUCGCGUGCAGAUAAUGGACUGCUUCCCAAUAAAUAUAUAUAUAUAUAUGGGGACCAUUUUGUAUGUGAAAAUUUGAUAGAUUGAAAGAAAAAAGAGGAGGAGGGGGACGCUAUUACGCAACGGAAUGGUGCGAGAGGAGUUUUUUUCGGAGAAGGACUGAUUCCGAAGUAUCCCGGGACAACGUCUGUUGGCUUGGCGAUCUGGCGAACCGACGCUCGCAUGCUUUGCAACGAGAAAUCCCAGAGGUUCAAUUUUGAGAGCGACGAGACUCAACGAAAGUUUUUCUAUCAAAAAAUUGUUGACAUGCAGCAUUUAUGGAUUUCAUCACUGUAUGUUUGAACUUUUAGUGUUAAGAGCUGGCCUUAACUCUAUUGAUAUUAAUUGUUUAAAAGGGUACGUUUAAGGCCUGGGCCUGACCUGCAAUUCCUCUACCAAGUGUGUACACUCAUGUGUGUCUUAGAUGACGAUGCAUAUAUCUUUAUAUAAGGUUGCGUGCUUGUUUCUCAUGCAUAGAACCAUACAUUCAUACUUACUAUGCUAAACUCUACCCAUUCAAUGCAAUACACAAGCUCUUCCCCCUCACUGGAUUUCCUCACCCCUUUUAAGUUGUUAUUGGAUAGUAAAAGUAUGUUAUCAAUAUAUUGGCAGGGUUUACAGUGUGGGAAAACAGAAAAGCCAUGUCCUUUAAAACAUGUCAAGUGCAGCUGAUGUUUUUCAUUGUUGGAGGAACGAAGCAAAAUCAUCGGUUGAAGGCUAAAUGUCGGUUGUGAGAAACCUCCAUUGGAUUUUUAUAAUUUAACAGCCUUCCAUUGUACUAUGACCCAACCUUAAUAAAUGGGAGUUAACAGUG